AUGGCUGUCAGCAAGCCCUACCGGCUGGAGGUCAAGGUGCUCGACGCGUCGCGCUACAAGUCGGCCGACCCUGCGGAGCGCAAAGCAUAUGCAGCCCAGCUCGUGCAGGGUCUCAUGCAGGACGGCUUCGUCAAGAUUGUGAAUCAUGGUAUUCCUCGUUCGGUCAUCGAGGAGGCAAUGGCAACAUCCAAGAGAUUCUUCAGUCUACCUGAUUCUGUCAAGCGCCAGAUCGAGCACGUUCCCGGGCCGGACCCGCAGCGCGGCUGGAGCCGUGUCGGAUCCGAGAGCACCGCCAAGCUCUUUGGCGCGCUCAAGGAGAACGGUGAGGUCAUUACCGACACAGACUCCAAGGAACACUUUGACAUUGGCCCGCCGACCGACCUCAAGUUUCCCAACCGCUGGCUCUACGAGUCCGAGGUGCCCGCGAUGAAGGCGUUCCUCGAGGACUUUUACGAGCGCCUGCACGAGACGAGCAUGGACAUCCUCGCCGCGAUGGAGCUGGGCCUGGGCCUGAGCGCGGGGACAUUCACGGACCGGUGCGACCAACGGGCGAGCGAGCUGCGGCUGAACCACUACCCAGAGGUGGUGAUGGAGCAUGCACCCAGGGAGGUCAGCCGCGUGUGGCCGCACUACGACCUGGGCAUCAUCACGUGCCUGUUUCAGGACAGCGUCGGGGGUCUCGAGAUCGAGGACCGCAACCACGCGGACCGCUUCGAGACGGUCGACCCGGACCCGGCCAGCCCGGACGAGCUGAUUCUCAACAUCAGCGAGACCUUUGAGCGCUGGACCAACGGUAUCUUCAAGGCCGGCCUGCACAAGGUCCGGCUCCCGCCCGCGCUCGAGCGGACGCGGCAGACGGGCAAGGAGCUCGUCGUGCCCGAGCGGUACUCGAUCCCCUUUUUUGUCAAGGCCAGCCACGAGACCUGCGUCGGCCCCAUGGACGAGUUCAUCUCGGAGAAGCGGCCGCCAAUGUUCCAGCCGCUCACCGCCCUCGAGUAUCAGAUGCAGCGGUUGGCUAAGGCCUACUAA